UCCACGCCGGUCGCUCACUCCACUCCUUCCACCGGUCGCUCACCCCACUCACUCCACUCCUUCCUCGUGUCUUCGGUCCUGUGGGAUUUUUCUUCGGUCGUUCACAGCCUCUUCGGAGUUCUUGAGAUGAAGAUGGACGAGACUCUCCGUAAUUUGGUCCUGGUACACAAGAUCGGACGGAAAAAUAAAUUCAGCGUGGCGGUCCUCCUGGCCUCCACAGCAGCCGUGACGGUGGCCAUCAGUAACAAGCCCCCUUACUUGGCCGCGUCGAACACCGAGGAGGCAAGGGGGGCGGAUGGCAAAGUGAAGAUGGGCAGGUGGCCGCCUCUGGAGAUUGGCUGCUCUGGCUGCGUCCUCCCCAUCGCCUGCAGCAGUGACUCCAAGUGCCCAGCCUCCAGGAAAUGCUGCUUCGACCCGUGCAGGCAGCGCCACGUCUGUCGUCUUCCCUCGCCUUUGUAAUGUCAUCUCCACCAUCAUGUCUUCUCUCAUGUCUCAUCCAGUACUGUCAGCAUCAUGUCUAUAGAUUGUCAUUAUUCUGUCAUCUCGCGUAGUCGCACCUGCAUGCUCUCUCAUCUUCUCAGUUCUAUUUAAAUUAUAUGUGAUUUUCCUCCACAUGAGAGCGUGUUGGAUGUGACAAAAUGUAAAAAGAAAUGUAUUUUUUUGGUGAAAUGAUUUAGGUACGUUGUGUUUUGGAGCAAGAAAAACAUCAUUCAUGCCUUAUAUCCAUAGUGAUUUAGUAUAUAUCGUAAUAAAUGGUUAUUUAUUGAUUGUGA